AUGCCGGAUGUACUAGGUGGGCAUCGGAGUGAACUGUCAAACUGUCAAAGAGUGCUAAUUUUAAAUCAUGAAUUGUGUUUAUUUAUUUAUAAUUAUUACAAAAUUAUACAAAUAUUAUGGAAUUGGCUACUGAAACGGCAUGAUGACAGAUUAAAAUUGCAUUGCAAUAUUGUACUGCCAUUGAAACAACUUGUUCAACAGAAUUAUAUGGGCAAACAACUUCAAAAGUAUGUUAAGAAAAAAAUAUAUAAUGAACUUCCAAUCGAUAUUAAGAUGGCCAGUGAUGACUUCAAAAGGAAAAUAAAGUAAUAUUUUAAAGUCAUUGAAGGCGAAAAAGAUUGAAGAGAUAUUUAAAGAUAUUUAAAUAUAAGGCUUAUUAAUGUAAAAUGAA